CUGGGAGGUAAGGUACCCCGCCAAAUAUCUCCUGUGCUGCUUCUGUAGCCAACUGCCCACCUAACCAAACGCCUAUAAAUAAGAGGCCCUUUCGGCUGUCAAAUCAAAUUCCCAUCACACUCCAGAGCCUUCUACUUCUACCUACUUCCUUCUCCAUCUCCUUCAUACCGGACAACCAUUCGAACCGACACAACUUCCCAAUAGUCAUUCCAUCCCAAGCAGCAAACACCGCUUCACAUCACCAACCAGCAAUAUGCAAAACUCCCCUAGUAUGUCUGUGCCCGCAGAGAAAAGUCUUAUCCGUCGAGCCAGCGGGCUUCUGUCCAACAUCGCCAGCCCAUUCGCAAACCACCGGGCUUCCUUCUUACUCGACACCAGUGAUCCUAUCUCAAACGCAUCUGAGGAUUCAGACUCCGAUGAAGUCAUGAUGGGAAACGGAUGGUCAACUCGAGGCAAACGUGAAAAAACUACGACCGCCAACUCCCAAAUCCUUGUGGAAACUUUCCGUGAGGUCCACACCUCUCCGGAGCAGAACUCCCCCAGGAAAGAUAUCCGAAUCGUGACCAAUCAGAGCGCUCUGAUGGCCAACACGAAAAGCGCGGCGACUGGACAAUCCUUACUCAAACCACAUUCAUACCACUACCAAAAGACCAGCUCGAGCACAAACUCCUCCAGUCAAGGUUACAGAGUGGCCAGUCAGCGUCUUUCUUACUCCAGCCGCAGCAUGGAGCAACUCAUCAUGUGCGAAGAUAUCAAGAGCAUCGUGGAAUCUUCAGAUUUCCAAGCAGCUUUCAACGGUCAACUUAACCUGAGUCCGAUUUUGGAUGAGCCAAAUUCUCCAGAAAGCGAUGCAGACGUCACCUACCUCUUCUCACCCAGACAAAGGGCCAAGUCACUGCAGCCUUACGCAGCUUCCUCGAAGAUGGAAAGAGGGAUUGAAACAACUUCUUCAAUUGGCUACCACUUGGAGUCAUCACAGGGACAAGGACAAUCCCCAUACUGGGAGGCUCCGGAAAACAACAGGUUUUCAAAGGAGGAUUACUCCUCCUGGAUCAGAUUUGAAAAGCCUAUCGACCUCCUCAGUCCCACACCUUCUUCCGAAAUGGCCUCGCCGUCUUUCCUGAACACCUACAACUUUGGAAAGCAAUCAGAGCACCCUCAAGGGGAGAUCGAGUCGUGUUCGAUGACUAGAGAAGAAACUCAAAGCUACUUUGGCGACUCGCCCAUCGAAGCACCGUUCUGCAUGUACACCCAUUCUGAUUUGGGCAACUCCAGUCAAAACUUUGGGGCCCUAUCAUCAGCCGGACUCUUCAUCCCACCCUCCAACCUCAACUCCCUCUCUCCUUCAUUGAGAGUCCCCAAAGCUGAAGACCAUCCUCGUUCAGGCCACCAGUCCCUCCGCAAAAAGAUCUCUCAGAGCUUCAAGGACACCUUCGGGAGACCUGCUCAAAAGUCUUGAGCGUCUACAUUCU